AUGGCUUCUCUAAUUGAUGCAAAAGAUUUUUCUCCCAUCGAAGACGCUGAAACUAUAAUGAAUGCAUGCAAAGGAUUCGGGACAAACGAGACAGCGCUUAUAUCCAUACUAGCAAACCGGGAUGCAGCUCAAAGGAAACUUGUGAGACUAGCUUAUCAAGAAGUCUAUCAUCAAGAUCUUAUUGAACUGCUCAAAUCUGAACUUUCAGGAAACUUUGAGAGAGCCAUUAUCCUUUGGAUAAUGGAUCCAGCUGAAAGAGAAGCCACAUUGAUUAAUGAGGCAUUAAAGAAGCCAACACCAGAUUACAAAGUAAUUAUUGAGAUUGCUUGCACUAAAAAUCCUGAAGAGCUUUUGGCUGUAAAGCGUUCAUAUCAAUCUCUUUACAAGCAUUCACUGGAAGAAGAUGUUGCUUCACAAACUAUUGGCGAUAUUCGCAAAUUGUUGAUUGCAGUUAUAAGUACUUACAAAUUCGACGGAGAAGAGUUUGAUGAGAAUGUGGCCCAAUCUGAAGCAAAUAUACUUCAUCAAUUGAUUGAAAGGAAAGCUUUCAACGAUGACGAAAUGAUUAGAAUUUUAAGUACAAGAAGUAAGAAACAGCUAAGUGCGACUUUCAAUAUUUUUAAGGACUUAUUUGGCACAACAAUAAACAAGGGUUUAUUAGCUACUACAGUUGAUGAAUACGUUGGAGUACUGCGUACUACUGUUCGUUGCAUCAAUGACCCCCAAAGAUAUUUAGCCAAGGUGCUAUGUAAUGCCUUGAAUGAUUUGGUGAAUGAAGAUGAUGCUUUGAAUCGUGUAAUCGUCACUCGUGCAGAGAAGGAUUUAAAGGAAAUCAAAGACCACUUUUUAGAGAGAAACAAUGUCAGCAUUCAAGAUUCUGUGGAUAGGAAGACAUGGGGAAAUUACAAGACUUUUCUCCUUCAAUUGUUGGGAAAGGAAUAAGUUCAACUGAGCUUAGCAGAAUUCCACUAGAAUAAGUUUAGUAUUUCAAUAACAAUAAACUUGCUUACUUUUGCAACCACAAUAAUAUAGUUUAUCUACA